AUGAAGUUGCACGUGUUGCGAUGUUGUGCGCUAUAUCAUCCGAUCAUCAUCAUCAUCAUCAUCAUCAUCAUCAUCAGCAUCAGCAUCAGCAUCAUCAGCAUCAUCUUCAUCGCAACGAUCGUGAGCCUUGACGAUGUUUGGCCAGCCCAUUGGCGAAUGUCGAGGGGAAUGAGCAUGGAGCUCCGGGUGUUCCUUCCCGGAAACAUGCGGCGCCACGACUCUGCGCCGCCGGUGGCGCGCCCUCCGAAUCUCGUCUGGUCCUCGCCGCCCAGCCGCGCCUGCCAGCGCGCGCAGUCGGCCUCGACUCUGGGUGCCCCGGGUUGCCUUCAGCCGCUGAACGGGUCCAUGCCAUGGUGCCCGAAGAUCCAGUUCGAACGCCCGUGCAGCCUACACCGGCAGAAGAAGAGCCAGGCGAUGCGCAGCGCCAGCGCCAGCUGCACACGACUGGCUCCGCUUGCGGAGGACGCACGGGCAGGUGCUCCGCCAAGUGCGGGGCGUAGCUGCAGCGAAGGCCCCGCGCCGGGUGCCGUGCUCGCGAGGAGCCUGGCCAUCCCAGAGGAAGGCCGCGUUCUUCGGCUGGAGCCGAGCGAUGCCGACGACGAGUUCUGCAAGUUGCUGACCGCUGCGCUGGCAGCACCCCGAGACGCCGAGGGCUAUGGCCUUGAGGCAUCUCCGCCACCUACCCCGGUGCCAGGCCCACACAUCUGCUCAGAUGCAGAUGCAGCGAAGGGGGCAGAGCCGGAUGAUGACAAGGAGCCGGACGGCGAGGUCACCAUGCCGCCGGAGCUCCGGCAGCCGUCGCAGUCGAGGCCUCAGCUGACGCUGCUGCCCCUCCCUGGCUGCGCGAAACCCGCGGCUGAGCCGCCGCAGCGCAGCCCCUCGUGUCACCCUUUCGGGGCCAAGCCCAGCUCCGAGGCCACGCCACGGUCCAUGAGCUGCGAGACGCGAGAAGCGGCCGAGGAGGCUCCCUCGGCUGUGACACGUUCCCCGAGGGCUCGGAAGCCAAGGACGGUGAAGCGCAGGGACUUCGAGCAAGUGAUGAAAGAGCGCCGCCGACUGCUGGAUGCUCACAGCGCCGUCACGGUGCCUCGCGCUGAGAGCCUGUGUGUAAAGAACGAGUUGAGCUAG